UAUUUCCGGUAGACCCUCGGCUCUAGAAAAGAUGAAGAAGUCGCAUUAGCAGCAAGUAUUAAUUACAACAAGAUAAUAGGAUAAUCAAAGCGAAAGAAAUAACAUGAAGUAAAAGCAAACUACGAAUAAGGAAUUACAAGCACAAUACUGAUACUACUAGUAUUGGAAAGAAAUAUGCUCACUACCUACUAACCUUCUACCCUAGUCCUUGACCUCACACCCUCCUGCCAAAGGUCAUGUCCUCGGUAAGUUAAAGCAAAAACAAAAGAAUAAAAAAAAUAGCGAAAAAAUAAUCUAACCCCUUGUGUAAUACCUUUCACUAUGAUUUUCAUAAUCCUCUCUAGACCUUCUAUGUUUACCUUACAUUUUGAUAAGGGGUCUAUAGCAGAGAAAACCUACAUAAAAAGCUACAUGAUUGCGUUUUGCAUGCUCCUAUUGGUCACUAACCAUGUGCAAUGCCUUUAUUUUUCUCUGUUUUUAUUUCUGUCUUAGCACUCAUAUCAACCCUAAUGAUUUUUCUAUUUUCAGCAAUCUAAGCUAGAGCUGUUACGCAGUGGGCUGCAGGUUGCACGUGGUCAGAUCGAACUAGCAAAAAAUGUAAGACAGAGGCUGACAUCUCCCAGUGUUGCUGCUCCACCAUUGAGUACUGGUAUCCUUCCAGUUGAUGCCACAAGAGCAACUGAACCAACCCAGCCUUCACUGCAAUUACCCAACAUGCCUCCUUUGCCUCCACCUCCCAAUCCUUUGACUUCUUUUGCAAAUUCCAAAACUAAUGAAGAGGAAAGCAAAAGGGCGGCAGCAGCUCUUGCUGCAAAACUUGCUGCUUCAACAUCUUCUGCUCAAAUGUUGACCUCUGUUCUUUCGUCUCUUGUUGCUGAAGAAGCUGCGUCACUGAGCAGUGGAUUGAAAUCAGCUGGUUUUUCUUCUAGCUUACCUUUUGCAUCUCCAGAGAAACGGCUCAAGUUAGACAAGCCAAUGACUUUUUCUGAUAUGAACAGUUCCGAAGGGGGUAAUUCCACUUACUUCACUUCAUCACAGCAACCGAUUACUAGCAUUCCUCUUGCCCCUUCCUCAGGCUUACAAUCGUCAAACCAGAUACAAGCUCCGUUUCCACCACCUCCACCUCCACCACCACCUUUACCUCCAGCAAAUUCCCCUGGAAGUCAGUUAGGUCAGUCUGCAGCUAUGAUGAUGGGGAUGAUGCCCUAUGGAUAUAGUGCCGGCAGCCUUCAGCCACCUCAAAUUGCAAUGGGACUGAGGCCACCUCCACCACUACCCCAGCAAGCACAACAGCUGCAUCUCCAGACUCAGCAGCCACAAUCUCAACAGCAGCCUGCCAAUGGUGGAUUUUAUCGUCCUCCUGGUAUUGGAUUCUAUGGACAGACCCAUCAGCAGACAACACCAGCAGCACCCAGGCAGUAAAUCCCUUUGGAAUAGGGAGCACAUGUUACAUUGUACAUUAAUAGUAAAAGUAGACUAGUUCUAGUUACUUUUUCCUUCUCCUUCAUACUUUUUCGCACCCGACAUCCGCUGCAAUCCCCAAGCCCUCUGUUGCUUAACCAAGGUGCCCUUUGUGUUGAAGUAUCGGGUGUUUUGCAUCCAUUAAAGCGUACCUGUAACCUAUGUCUAGGUGUCUGUAUAAUUAGCUGUAGAUUGAAGGUCCAUGUACUUAAUAUCUUCAGAACCUUGAGCAGAAAGAAACUAGUAGGUGAAAUUUUAGCCUGUUUCUGCUGCUUGGACCUUUCCAUUAGUACUUUUGAAUGCUUAAAACAGUGUAAUCAUGCGAUUUCACUUAAGUUGUAUGAUCUCUGUAUGUCAUGGAUA